ACGAACAUUUUAAAUUUUCAUUACCGUGUAGUAAUUCAUAAUCCAACAAAAAGUUGAUGUGACUUUGAAAAUGAUGAAUCUUGGGUUGGCGGCGGCUUGAGGAUAGUUUCGGAAUUGUGUCAUACUCAAGAUUUUUGCCGGGAAGAUUAACCGAUUGUGCGACUGAAUAACUACCAUUCGUUUUUAGGUGCUUGAUAUCUUUAUUCACCAAUAUUUUCCAUGAAAAUUUGCCAAAAUCAUGAAUAUCUGAUAGCUCAGUUAUGAAAUUUUCUGCAUUUCUUUGCCAAAGUUGAAAAAGAAACUUACCCAAAUCAGGAACUCAGUGCCAAAAAACCCUUUAAUUUGCAGGAGUGAGGAGACUUUGGUGAUUGAAGGCUUCAAUGGCAAGAUCAGGAAGGGUCAUCAGGAACCCUUUCAUCAGUAUAACUCCAAGAUCAUCGACUCAGUUGUUCUCUGUCUCACCAUUAACUUCAAUCUUUUCUACCAAGAAGACAUCAGCAUCCCUCUCUAUCUUUGUCCUUUCUUUCCUAGUUUCUUUCACUUUCUUGGGAAUUUCCAUUGUCAGAUUCUUUCCCAGUUCCCAAGAUUCAAUCCAAUGUUCCAUAGUUUCUCCAACAUCCCCAUCUCCACACCAUUCUUUGUCAUCUUCAUACUCUCAGAUUAUCUUGGCAGCUUUACUUUCUGGUCUAAACUCUUACAAUGAGAGUGAACCGAGGGUUGGCAGCAGUGCCAUGGUGCCAUUACCAGUUCAUGUGGUUUCUGGAAACUUGUCUGAGGAGGAAAAGGAGUUCUGGAAGCAGCCAGAUGGAAAAGGGUACCGACCUUGCUUGGAUUCCAGUAUAGGGUACCGGAGAAGGUCUGCCAAGAUUUCAAAGGAGACAAAUAAGUUCUUGGUUGUGGUGGCUACAGGAGGAUUGAAUCAGCAGAGGAAUCAGGUAAUUGAUGCUGUUGUUAUAGCUAGAAUUCUUGAAGCUGCUUUAGUUGUGCCAAUCUUGCAGGUCAACCAGAUUUGGGAAGAUGAAAGUGAAUUUCCUGACAUAUAUGAUGUGGAACACUUCAAGAAGACUUUACGAGCUGAUGUACGAGUUGUAACUUCACUACCCUCCACACAUUUGAUGGUGAAACAGACCAUUGUUGCCCAAAUUCCUUACAAUGUGUCUCCGCAUUGGAUCCGUGCUAAAUUCUUCAAGCAACUCAGUCAAGAAGGUGUUCUCGUUCUAAAAGGGUUAGACUCUAGGCUCUCCAAGAAUCUUCCCGCUGAUCUGCAGAAGCUUAGGUGUAAGGUAGCCUUCCAUGCUCUAAGAUUUGCUGGGCCAAUUCUUCAGCUUGGGAAUCAGCUUGCCAGGAGAAUGUGGGUUGAAGGUCCAUAUAUUGCCCUUCAUCUCCGGCUGGAGAAAGAUGUGUGGGUCAGAACCGGAUGUCUCACUGGUUUAGGUCCAGAAUAUGACAAAAUUAUCACCCAGAUUCAGAAGUCUCAACCCCAGUAUCUCACUGGAAGAGUGAAAAUGAGCUACACUCAACGAAGGCUCUCUGGACUGUGCCCUCUAAAUGCAUUAGAGAUGGCAAGAUUUUUAAAGGCUUUAGGGGCACCAAGAAGUGCUCGAUUUUACAUUGCUGGAGGAGAGCCAUUUGGUGGCUCCAAGGCUUUGCAGCCACUUACUGCAGAAUUUCCAAAUUUGGUGAGGAAGGAGACCUUGGCACGUGAGGGAGAACUCUCGCCAUUCCUAAACAGCUCCUCUGCUCUAUCUGCGCUUGACUACAUAGUCUCAUUUAACAGCGACAUCUUUAUACCUUCCCAUGGUGGAAACAUGGGCCGAUCCUUACAGGGACACCGUGCCUAUACGGGCCAUAGGAAAAGCAUAAGGCCAAACAAAAGAACAAUGCUUCCUUUAUUUGAAGACUCCUCCAUUUCUGAUAAAGAAUUCAGUAGCAUAAUAAGAUCAAUGCACAAUAACUCUAUGAUGCCUCAGCUAAGGAAGAAAGGGAGAGACAAAGACGUGAUUGCAUAUCCAGUGCCCGAAUGCAUGUGUCGACACGGUACAGGUGUUUUCUGAGCAAUUCAAUGUAAAGAUUCAAUAAGUAGAUCAUCUGAAAAGCAUUUGCUGUUUUUUCUUUCAACUAGAAUUCUAACAAGGAUUGGCUAAGCCAUUCAACCUUUUCUGUUUUAUUAGUGCAUGAUACUGUUUACAACUUGUCCAAAGUUUAUCAAAAAAUC